AUGAUGAGAUCUGUUAAUAAAGUUAUAAAAAAAAGAAAAUUUUAUGAAAUUUGUCGUUUUAUGGAAAAAAAUUUUAUAGAUAUUCCACAUUAUGUUGAUAAACCAUACAUUUUUGAUAAUAAUUUAUAUAUCUAUAAACCUACAAAUAGAAGAUUAAUUUUAAAAAACAAAUUAAGAAGAAGAGAUAAUACUUCAUAUAUUUUAAAUAAUCUAUCAUCAAGAAAUAUUGCUGUUUCUUUAGGAAUUUUAUUAAUGAAAUUUUUAAAAUAUAUUAAAAUAAUUAAGAAAAGAAAUGUUAACAUUUGUAUAAAAGAUAAAAAUGUUUUUAUAGAAGUAGAAGGAAAAUCUAUGGAGAAAAAAAAAUAUAAUUUUAUGGAUAUUAUAAAACUAAAAAAUCAGUUUAUAUCAAAAAACAACAAAGAUAAUAUUAUAAUCGAUCAUAUUUCAGAUGACAUGAAAUUUAAAAUAGCAUUGCCUCCACUUCGUAUGUUUCCUCGUAGAUACUUUGUACCAAAUCUUACUUCAUCAAAAUGUACAUUGUAA